AACUCCAGGUUUAGGUUUGGUUGAAUGAAACCUGAUUGUAAGGAUCGGGGGCCCAAGAUGCCUCCCGGUACAGCCAAAAAUCUUGAACCUCUAUACCAGUCCCCUCCCAAGGAUAUGGUUUCCUACUCCAAUGGUAAGGAUCAGGGUUCUAAACCCGGCUCCUCCCGAACUAGUCCAGAGCAUCAAACCCCGGAGCCGAGCUCUCAACCCUCUCCGGUACCUAAACCGUUUAAAAAACGGUAUCUUGCCGAGCAAAACGCUCAAAACUCAGCAUCAUCAAACUCAAACUCUGCCACGCCUACUCCGAGUGCCACGCCCACUCCACCGAUAUCGCCGGGAGGCGUGGAUACGGAGAAGGCAUGUGAGGCCUUGAUGGAACUCUCUGCCCGGCACGGCGGGUUAACUGCAGACCAAGAAAAAGAAUGGGAACAAUAUAUUGCAUCUUACAGUGAAGAAAAGCGGGGAGUUAUGAGAAAAAUUUGGAGUAAUAUUUAUAAAACUUGUCUUAAAGAAAAACAUGAGACGGGAAAGGUGGAUAAAGAUGAGGGUAGGAUCUACUACACUGAGCUAGUGGAUCACGUGAUUGACACCCUCGUGGAGGAGAACAACAAGGAGAGCAACAACGAGGCUGAUACCGCCACCACCGGAAACAACAACAACGCCAGCAAUAGCUCAGCAGACAACUCGGAUAUGAUCAAGGCCUCGAUAUAUAACAGUUUAAAGAAGGAUUUACUAAAGAAGAACCUACCUGGAGCUAAACCUGGAGAUACUCCGGCCCGCAGUCUGCUUCCGAACCUGCUCCAUCCAAACUAUGUCAGAAGUAAGAAGGACUCUGUUACAAAACCAAAAGAAGCUCCAAGAGUUCCUUCAACGGAACAUCAGAGGUCCCCAUCUGCAGAAGCUCCCCGUUUUGCCUCUUCGGAGGCCGGACGGAUUCCCUCAGUAGAAGUAUUGAGAGUUCCUGUCUCUGAUUCUGUGAGAGUCUCAGCGCUCGAACCCUCCCAGUCAAGAGAGUUUAUGCGCCUAGUUUCCCAGAACCUCACCACCCCGGUCAAUCUCGGCCAAAGUUCGGUCACCAUAACGCGAGCUCCAAGAUCUCAAGGAUCCGUUCUACCGCCGUCUUUCAAGGAGCAGAGCUCAUCAUCCAGUGUCAGUCUCACCUCAACCUCAAUCUCGGAGAAACAUUCGUCCUCUCUGAUUGUAACAGGACCGACUAGAGGAAUAUUAUUAGGUCAUCAAAUAACCAACCGGGCUCAUAACCAACCAGUAACACUGGCUCAUCAGUCUGUGACUCUUUCGCAUCAACCUUUAACAAUAGUCCAGCAGACGCCCCAUAUGACCCGUCAACCGGCUACGAUGACCCAAAUUCAAGGACUAGUCUCUCAACCUUUAUCUUUCUCCCGUGUAGGUCCACCACCUGGCGCGGUUCAUAUCUCUACUUCUAGUAGUAUGGUAAUAUCUAGUAUUCCUGUUGUAUCCAACCAUCAAGGUCAAUCUGCUCAGCUACUCAUGACGAGCACAAGGCCUAGUUCAGAUUGCGGAGCCGUCAACCUAACCGUGUCAAAGAUGGAUGAGAGGGAGGAGGAGGAAGAUGGAAGAAAAUCUUCAAGAUCCUGUAAAGGAAAACGUUAUCAAGAGUUCAUCGAGGACGGGCGGAUUGUUGUUGGUCAACGGAAAAGACGAUCUCACAAGAGCGGAGAAGAGAGCGAGGAGGAGGCUGCACUCAACCUGUCUCAGGAUAUAGGAAACCACUGGAAGAAGAAGCAGGUUCGAACCUCCAACGGAUCGAAUGGUCACGUUGACGGGAUGAAUGGAAAGAUUGCCCGAACUGAAGGAUCCAGUUCCGAGGGGGCUUCAAGCAAUGCAUUUCCUCCCAGCCGAACGAGAGAUGACAAUUUUUCUCGGUCUCGUCGCAACCCAACAUCCAACUCAUGAUGCGAGUAUUUCAGUAUUCUUACUUGGAGUAGAUACCCUACUUUUUAUCCUCCAGAUUCUCAAGCAUUGAUCCUGGACCCAGAUCCAGCUCCGGGCUUCAAGAGUCUGGAUACUAAUGAUGCAUCUCUUAGUGAAAUUUCCAGAAAAAUAACCUUGUGUCCGUGACUCAGAUCACGGUGUUGACAUUUUUAAGUUUGAAGAAUAUCUAUUGGCUGAUGAUUAGGAAUUAUUUUAAUUAUUUGGUGCUUAUACAGAACCUACUCUGAGCUUACUCAAGCUUAAUCUCUUCCUCUCUCCCUGGCUCCUGGCUGUAGAGUCACAUCAUGCUGGAGCUUCUUAUGUGUCCCUAACCAAACUAAACCAUGGAUUUGCCAACAACAGUUCCCAUAGAAAUUAGGUUCGAACGUUCAAGAAAAAAACUUAAAAAUAAACCGUCUGGAGUACACUGAUACACAAGAAAAUUAACACUGCCCUUAAUACUACUUUCUCAACAAUACUUCUAUAUGUACAGUAGUAUAUAUAUAUGUGUACUGGGUACUAGAUACCGAGUACAUACGGACCUUUGCUGAAGUGUAUUCGGGAGUAUUAUUACACACUCGUAAUGGCUAGAAGCAUGAUGCAAGCAUGUCAGAUGUUAAAUGCAUUUUAGAAAUUAGAUCUUGUAACUUUAUCCUGAUACAUUUGAGAAUUAUUAAACUCACUGCCCAAGCAUAUUCCGCCCCCUGUAUAAUUACAUAUAUUCAUGAUUAGGGUUUGAUUUGACCCUGUCAUCAGUUUAAACCAGUUUUUAUAAUAGCUCAAGGGAGUAAAAUCCCUGAUGGUCGAUAAAUUAAACUUUGCAAAAUCAGCAAAUUCAAACCAUCGUCAUUAACAGGAUCAUUUUUCGAACUAUUCGUAUUUUAUCUCAAACUUGGUCUCAAAAAAUCCAUGUUCAUUCAGGAUUAAAAUUAUUUUAUAUGCAUUGCAUGUGGAAAAUCCUUAAAACUCCAUGUAUCGAAAUAUCCUGGUAUGUUUAUGUGCCUAAGAAAUUAAUCUAAAGAAGAUAUUUGUUUCUGUACGUUUCGAAACUGUUCUGUUAUUUUGUUUCCUUCCCUUUACAAAUGAAAGUUUCAUUAGCGGAUCAACCUUAUCAAACCUUUAUCUCUCGUCACGGCUAGCUGCCAUAGGCACGAUUCUUUAAAACUUGUGUAAUCGUAUGCUUUGCUCGCUUUUCUUGGAGAAUAUGGGACCGGAUUGAGAUCCAGAAAUCUUUCGUAAAAAAGAAUCGCGAUGAAAUUGUACUUUUAUUGUUUUAAGAAAUCGUCCGAUCAGCCAGUCUGUUUUAUUUGAUGUAGAGCAGAAAAUUAUUGAUUUGUUAUUUUAAUAAUUGUCUGUUAAGUUUCUAGAUAAAUAAUAAUAAAUGUCGAGAUAAAACAA